AUGGCAGUUUCCGACAUCUUAGCAGCGUGGGAGGAAUGCUCCAAGAUAGACACGCUCUUCAUCCUUGUCUGCUGUGUCUUUUGCUGGCUGAUUAUCCCCGCAGUUGGCCUCGGUUAUUCGGGCUACUCCAUUCACCGUAAUGGCCUUGCAUCCUUUUAUCCAAGUCUUCUCGUUAUUGCCGUGUGCUCUAUUCAAUGGUGGAUCAUCGGGUACUCCAUAGCAUAUGGAACCGGGGGUGGUAUUAUCGGAGGCUUCGAUAAAGCUUUCCACGUCGGUGUGCUCGCGAAUCCAAUAGGGACGAUACCGGAAAUUCUGUUCUCUGAGUUUCAGCUCAUCUUUUGUGCUACGGUGUGCGUUAUUUCGAUUGGUGGGGCCUGUGAGCGUGGGAGAAUGCUUCCUUUGAUUCCUUUUAUCUUUCUCUGGUGCACCUUUGUCUAUGAACCACUCGCGCAUAUGGUCUGGUCCGAGACUGGAUUCCUGGGUACACUGGGCGUUCUCGACUUCGCCGGUGGAACACCCGUUCAUAUCUGCAGUGGAGCAUCAGCCACUGCAUUGAGUGUCUACCUAUCGCAUCCUCUUUUCCGAUCAAGACGGUCGGCUUCUCGCACACCGCAGCACUUGAAGCUCCAUCGGCCGCAUAAUAGCAUGUGCCAGCUUCUAGCUUUAAUGAUCAUCUGGAAUGCUUGGCUAGCCUUUGACGCUGGUACAACCCUCGCUCUGAAUUUCAAGAGUAUAAUGACCGCGGUUGUGACGAAUAUCUGUGCCUCAUCUGGCGCAUUGACUUGGGCUCUCAUCACGUAUCGGGAGACCGGCAAAUGGAGUCUUGAUAGCACAUUUAUGGGCGCUAUUGCUGGCUUGGUUAUGAUUACUCCAAGCGCCGGCUUUAUCGAUAUGACUACGGCAUUUUUCUUCGGCAUUGCAGGGGCAUUGAUUUGUCGCCAGGCACUGCGAAUCAAAUUUACGAAAUUUGCCGCGCAUUGGAGAUGGGUUGAUAAUGGUGAUACAUUUGCAACGCAUUGUAUCGGCGGGCUGGUGGGUACUAUAGCCACUGGUUUAUUUGCACGGAGAGAUGUGGCUGCGUAUGAUGGAGCCACGGAGAUACUCGGUGGAUGUUUCUUUGAUGGGAAUUGGAGCCAGCUCGGAAUCCAGAUUCUUGAGGCUGUUGUUGGGUUUGUAUGGAGUUUCGUUGGGAGUUAUGUUCUUUUCGCAUUGAUUGAUUGUAUCCCGGGCUUUGAGGUCUUGGCUACUGAUAGUGAGAUUGUGCUUGGAAUGGAUGCCUCGCAGAUGGGAGAAUCAUUAUACGAAGCACAGUGGGCAGAAGAGGAAGACUACUACCCAUUCUCGGGCGAGUGUCGACUGGACUGA